CACUUUGGUCACUUCCUGGAUGUGAGAACAGCUUCACGAGUAUCGAGCAGAUGAGGAAACAGAAGAAUAACGGUACUGCAGCGCUUUCUCUUGUGUCGGUUCAGUAUUAUUCUGAGGCAAUGAACAACGCUGGACUUCAACUCUUGUAUUAGGGUACGCACAGUAAAGGAUGCAAGGUGCUAUUACACGGGUUUGCAUGGUGGUAGUAGCCGCUAUCCUCAACCCUCUGCUCUUCCCUAAUGAGAACACCACCAUCCCUGAGCAAGAUGAUGAUCUUCUGGCCCGGAUGAAAGAGCACCAGAAGAAGCUGGAGUCAGAACAGAAGCGCCUGGAGCAGGAGAUCUCACAAACAGAAACAGCUCUGAUUGUUGAUCAGGACAGUUACGGCUGGUACUUUUGGAGCGCUCUCUGUCUUGUCAUUUUCUUCACAAUUGAGGUUUGCAGGCAGGAAAUGAACCCUGAUGAAAUUUCAGACCCUGUGGAAGACGAAGAUGGAGAUUCCAGUGCCGGAUAUCUCAGCGCUAAGACUGUAGCCUUAGAUAAAGUCGUCCUAAAUAACUUCUGCAAGACCCGCUUCCAUCCUUUUAUCCACGAGAGUGGGAGAGUGCGGGAGUUUAUCGAAGGCUUCGCAGAUGAUUUGCUCGAGGCUUUGAGAAGUGUUUGCGAUCGAGAAGCUGACCUGGAAGUCGAGGACUUUGUCGGCAUAGGCAGUAUGUUUGAGUCCUGGAGGGUGUCUAAACCUCCUACAUGUGACCUUAUUGUGCCUUUUUCUCCACCCCAACCAUUCAGGUUCCAGUUUCAGCUCUGGUGCGACCCCGCCACUGAAAUCCCACUGGACCUGCAAGGAUGUGGAAAGAUUAAACUCAUAAAACCAGGUGGGAAUGGAGCAGACUGUCUCUGUGGCUCAACCAAUCUUGGUGAUGAUAUGCUGUGUCUGCUUCACAAUAGAAAUGAGUGUGAAAAGCUUGACGAACACGGUUUGGUGGAGCUCCUUUGUGCAAAGAACACAGCGUAUUUGUCGAAAGAUCAGAUCAUGAGAUGGUUUCAGAUCUCAGUGACCAAAGCAUGGGGCCAGAUCUCUCAUAAGUACGAUUUUGAGUUGGCAUUUUGGAACCUGGACCUCCCCGGAGCUCUUAAAAUCAAAUUUAGGUCUGGAAAGACCGUCGUUCUUAACGUUACCCCCUCCGUUCAGUUUGAGGACACGGAUGCUUACCUCAUCUCUCAUUUCCCAUCUGACACUAGCAACUCCUCAGACGUUCACUGGCAACUCUCACUAACCGUUUACGAAAGAAAUCUGCUUAAAUACCUAGCGAAAAGACUUCCUACAAAUUCGUGUCACAUUCAUUGCCUUCAGAUAGUUUCUUUCUUGCACAAAAAGCAGACGGCUUUGACUGGGAGAUGCGCCUUUUCUAAUUUCCAUAUAAAGACGGCGCUCUUGCAUCUGCUGUUGAGUAAACGUCUUGCGAUGUGGCAGCCGCAGAAUCUCGGUCACAGAUUACGAGAUCUGCUCAGCUUCCUUCAGCAAAGCUUGGAGGAAAAGAGACUGUAUCACGUCAUUGUUGGGAACCCGCGGAUCCCAAAUGAAAUUCUGGUUCCCGAAAUAAUCUGUUCUGCAGAGCCGAUAAACCUGUUUAGGCCUCUUGUGUUGCAGAGGCACGUAUAUGCCAAAAUGGAGGAGCAUUUUCAGGAGAUGGUCAGAAAUACAUCUGUGCUUCUUCAGGAAUAUACCCCUCACUUUUCUAACGGUCACGUGAGACAUGAAUUCAGCUCAACGGACCAUACGUAGACUUACUCACUGCUCUGGCUUUGAGUGCAGGGGAUUUCUACUGCCUAAUUACAUGGUGACGUCAUGCACCUUGAAUGUAAAUUAUAUGUUAAGCACUGACUGUUACUGAUGCUAUUAUGAUAUUUAGGUGUUUCUUCAACUAUGUGGGCACUUUUUAUGUCCCAGAGGACCAAAUUUCUUCAUUUAAAUUUUGGCGACACAUUCUUUUAGCAUUUAUUUUUGCUACUUUUUAAAUACCUUUAUAUAUAGCUUUUAUUGUUUCACUCCUGUCCCAAACCAAGACUUUAAAUCUUAAAAUUUUACAACUAAAUGUGGUUCUAAUAGUAAUAAAAUAAAAUAAUAAAGUUUAUUUCAAAAGUUACUGCACUUAUCAUGCAUUUUCCAAUCUAGCUGUAAUUUUGUUAAAGGUGCCCAAGAAUGUUUUUUCACAAGUCUAAGGUGUCUCCUGAAUGUGUCUGUGAAGUUUCAGCUCAAAAUACCCCAUAGAUUUUUUUUAAUUAAUAUUUUUAACUGCCUAUUUU